CUAAACAUGUCUUGAAGAGGGAGAAACAAAGCUGUUCCUUUUUUCUUCUUCUUCUUCAAUUGAUAACAAAAAUUAGUACAGAGAAGUAAGCAACAGAGAUUACAAGAAGAAAAGGGAAAAGAUGAACCUUUCCGAUCAACACAACCAUCAAUCAUCUUCAUCCACUCCUCACUCUACCGACCGUCACCACUUUCCUGCACUCGCACCCAUCCCUGAUCAACACUCUACUUUCAACCCUAAUCCCUCUUCCGCAGCACCACCUUCAAAUGCCGAUACAAACUGGGAUGACAAUAAUACGUAUCACUUUCCUUCAGUUUUCGUUCCCAAAAGACGAAGACGCGGCAGGUCCCGCAACGCGUCUCAGAAUAAUAAUAAUAAUAAUACCCAGGUACUCAAUUUUCCAUCUUUUCUGAAUGGUGUUAGAGGAAAUGGACAUUGGUCAUCUAUUUCAUCAUCGCCGGCUUCAUUUCUCAAUUCGGAGCCCACCCCAAACCCAGAAAAAACACUACCCGAUGUUAGUGACGACAUCAUCUUGAUCAACAAAGAAACUAUGAACGAGGCAAUGACUGCACUCUCAGCUGGAUUUCCAGCUGAUAUCCUUACCGAUGAGGAGAAAGAUGCCCGGGUUGUAUCUUCCUUUGAAUCAAUUGAACAGGUCAAUUACAUUGUUAUAAGAAAUCACAUUAUUACUAAAUGGCGUGAAAAUGUUACCAGUUGGGUGUCAAAGGAGAUGUUUUUCGAUGUUAUACCUCCUCAAUACAGGUCUAUUUUAGAUUCUGCUUACAAUUAUCUGGUUUCUCAUGGUUACAUAAAUUUUGGUGUAACACCAGUUAUAAAAGAGAAAAUUCCAUCAGAACCUACAAUGGCUAAAGUAAUUGUGCUUGGAGCAGGACUAGCCGGGUUGGCUGCUGCACGUCAAUUGAUGAGAUUUGGUUUCAAGGUGACAGUUCUCGAGGGUAGGAAACGUGCGGGUGGCCGAGUUUAUACAAGGAAAUUGGAAGGCUCGAAUAAGACUGCUGCAGCGGAUUUGGGAGGAAGUGUAUUAACAAGUACUUUUGGAAACCCUCUAGGGAUUCUGGCUAGACAAAUGUCGUAUAGUCUUCAUAAGGUGAAAGAUAAGUGUCCUCUCUAUGGAGUUAAUGGGAAACCUGUUGACUCUGAAACUGAUUCAAAGGUUGAAGAAACAUUUAAUAGUCUAUUGGAUAAGGCAAGCCAUCUUAGGCAGUCAAUGGGGGAGGUUUCUCAGGAUGUUUCACUUGGUUCAGCAAUGGAGACAUUUUGGGAGGGAACGGUUGAAGAGACUAGUUUAUUCAAUUGGCAUCUUGCUAAUUUGGAAUAUGCAAAUGCAGGUUUACUUUCUAAUCUUUCUCUUGCGUUUUGGGACCAAGAUGAUCCAUUUGACAUGGGUGGGGACCACUGUUUUCUAUUUGGAGGGAAUGGGAAGCUGAUCGAUGCAUUGACUGAAAAUGUCCCAAUUCAAUAUGAAAAGACUGUGCAUACUGUCACUUAUGGUACCGACGGAGUGCAGGUUAUUGCUGGAAACCAGGUGUUUGAGGGUGAUGUGGUGCUUUGCACGGUUCCUUUGGGAGUUCUGAAGAGUGGUUCUAUCAAAUUUAUCCCACAGUUGCCACAAAGGAAGCUUGAUGGGAUUAAGAGGCUUGGAUUUGGUUUGUUGAACAAAGUGGCCAUGCUUUUCCCUUAUGCUUUUUGGGGGACUGAUCUUGAUACAUUUGGGCAUCUUUCCGAUAAUCCAAGCGAUCGUGGAGAGUUUUUCUUAUUCUAUAGCUAUGCAACUGUAGCUGGUGGUCCUCUCUUGAUUGCUCUUGUUGCAGGAGAGGCUGCACAAAGAUUUGAGAAUAUGCCUCCGCCAGAGGCUGUGACUAGGGUUCUUCUCAUUCUUAGAGGAAUAUAUGAACCUCAAGGAAUCCAGGUUCCAGAUCCAAUACAAACUGUUUGUACCAGAUGGGGCGGUGACCCCUUUAGCUUAGGUUCUUAUUCUAAUGUUGCGGUUGGGGCUUCAGGAGAUGAUUAUGAUAUCUUAGCAGAAUCUGUUGGCGAUGGAAAAGUUUUCUUUGCAGGAGAAGCAACUAUGAAACGCUAUCCUGCAACCAUGCAUGGGGCUUUUCUUAGCGGGCUUAGAGAGGCUGCAAAUAUUCUUCAGCAUUAUAGUGGUAAAGGUUCGAGGGUGAAUGUAGGGAAGAACACCCUAAAAAAUGCUCAUUCUUGCGCUUCCCUUCUUGCUGAUUUAUUUAGAGAGCCUGAUUUAGAAUUUGGUAGUUUUGCUGUAAUCUUUGCACAAGAGGAUUCUGAUCCAAAGGCUGCAGCAUUUUUGAGAGUCACAUUUGGGGAUACAGCAAAGAGAAAUAACGAAGGUUCAAAGUCAGAUCAACGUCACAAUAACAAAUUGCUUUUCCAACAGCUCCAAUCACAUUUUAAUCAGCAGCAAGAAUUUCAUAUUUAUACUAUGUUGUCAAAAGAACAAGCCCUAGAGCUAAGAGAAGUGAGAGGGGGCGAUGAGAUGAGGUUGCAUUACCUUACGGAAAAGCUUGGAGUAAAGCUGAUAGGUAGAAAAGGUUUAGGGCCUAAUGCAGAUGAUGUUAUCGCUUCUAUUAAGGCUGAGAGGGGGAAACGGAAGUCUUCUUCAACCUCUCAGGCUCUUAAAUCUGGAAUGUCUAUGAAAAACCCACCUAAUCUAAAGCCAAAGUCCAUCAGGAAAGCUAAAAUAUUGCGCAAUAGCAAUGGAUCUAUUGUUCUUCCUAAUAUCGGCAUGGGAGAUAAAGUGGUUGGUAAAUUGUCUGCCACAGCUACUGUUCUAAAUACAGGACUUAAGAACAAUAUAGUUUCUAAUGGUCACAACAAUAAUGUUGAAGUAGGGGUGCCUAUUUGUGCAAAUCUAAACAUAGACUCUAAAGAGAUAAUUGAUUCUGGGUUUUCUAAUUUGGAGAGCUCUCUAAACUCCACUUAUAAGUGGGAUGAGAUCAUAGGUAGUAGUAGUAACAAUGGCGGCUCUUUUUCUCCAAUUUCAAGUUUGGCGGCAGAAGUGGCUGUCAGUGAUAUAAGUGUUUCUAUUCCUCCAUUGAAUAUUCAAGAAGACUCCAUCCUGUUGCCUGCCUCUAGUUGGACAGACAAUAAUACCACAGCCUCAGCAGAAGAGCAAAUGUAAUGAAGAAGAUACAAUUGCUUGUUAGUAAAGGCGUGUUCAUCUCAGAUCACUCGAGCCACACCACAAAUUGACAUGGGGGAAGAAUCAAGGACUGGCCAGAAACAAGGACUGGCUUAUGGCAUCAACUAUUGUGAAGAAUAAAUCCUGUUUCGUGUCUUGCUUACACCUACUUCCAAGUUCUAUUGUGAAGAAAUUGACAAGAAUUAGGUUUUUUUUUUCAUUGAAUUUUGGUGGUAUCUUUGUUUUGUAUUGAUGUACUUUCCAUAUAUGUUUAGGUUAUAGGUGCUUUUCUUUGUUUUAGUUUUUCCCUGUGUUUUCAUCAUCCUUUAAAAUUAGUAUAUAUAAUGUUACUGUAGGUUAAUGUGUUAACAUGCAAAUAUUGAGCUAGAUAGAUCUAUGGUUUAUGAUGUUAAUUGUUA